GUAUACUGUAUUCAUUAGUUAUCUGAGGAAGACGCGUCAGCCCGUCAAUCAAUGAACGAGACAGACGUAUAAUCAUCGAAUCUGAGGGCUGUUCCAAAUCUUUCCCAACAAUUUGAUAUCCGAUUUCAUCGAAAUGGGAGCCACUCGGAAGCCACGAGAAUAUGAUAUCGAUCAACCGAGUCAUACCGAAGAAUUGUCCAAUUGGAUACUCAGGGUUCGCUCUAAGAAAAUAAAUUGCCGUCGAAACCGCAGACGCAACCUGAGGAUGGAAGCUGUCCUUACGUACACCCUUUCUAAGGCUGAGCGAGAGCUGCGCAACAAGCAGAUGUUGAGAUUCAAGAGAUGGCAGCAGGUUAAAGACAAACUCACCAUAAGUCAAAGACACUGCCAAAAUGAGGAGGAGUUCUCCGAAUCUAGCUACGACGAGCGAGAGGGGAAUGUCUGGGAGGCGCCGCUGUGCUCGGAAUUGAGCAGCUUGGACAGUUUUAUGUUGAUGCUGAAGGAAAUCAAGGCUCCCUUGCAAAGAUGAGUGAUGAAAGAAAUACCUGGUACCGUUGAUUCGUUCUAACCAUUGAAUUCUACAAUCGAGGGAUGGCAUCUGGUAUAGUUUGCUUGCAAGUUAGACACCGAACGAUACUCUGUGGUACUUCCUUGGAAUGCAAAUAAAACAAAGCCUCGAGGAUAUUGAAGAAGAAGAAAAUUUGGGAGAACAAGAAUAGCUCCUUUCAGCUUUCCUGUACUUAGGCAUACCCCGCGGGAAAAAGGACUAGUCCUAGCUACGAUGUCCCGAUGUAUAUCUGGAUAUUUUUUAA